AUGAUUCCUAAUACCGACACCGUGGCAGUCACAAACAUGGACACUGCUCGGGACAAUAAGGCGGGGGAGGAGAUCGAAAUCAAGCAAGAUGACACUCCCGCCGCUACAAAGACAUCCCCAAGUGUUGGUGCAACGGAGGCUAUGACCGGUACCACGGUGAAGCAGAUCAAGAAAUGUCCGAGGCAUAAGAAGAAGGCUACUAAAGGGAAGAAGAAGGUACAGAUCGACGACUCGACCGAGAUAUCCUCCGACGACUCCGACUCCGACUCCGAUUCCAGCAGUUCCUCGGACUCAGAUUCGGAGGCUGAAGAGAAGCUCAAGAAGAAGCUCAAGGCCCGGAGACGGCGGAAAGCACAGCUACGCAAGGCGAAGUCCAAGAAACAUAAGAAGUCGAAACGGGUUUCGUCGUCGUCGGAUUCGUCGGAUUCAUCAUCGUCAUCGGAUUCCUCAUCGGAGGACGACCAUCGCCGCUCUCGAAAUCGCCGUUCGAAGAAGUCAUCCCGUCAUGAUCGCGAAACGUCACAUUCAGAGUCAGAGUCGGAUGCGGAGGCUGGAGCGGAGGAGGACAAGCGAGGGGAGGAUUCGCCAGAGGGAUCGGACAAUGCUGCUACAACGGCCAUGACCGAGCUACAGCGACAGCUACAGGAUGCCCAAAGCCAGUUGGAAGUCCUCAUGACUCAGCAGCAACAGAAAGGUCAGAACGGCGGUGGGCGCUCCCGAAAGGUUGGCAAGUCGUCAAAGAAGAGUAAACUUUCGAAGCGGAAGAAGGCGAAGCGCGGAUCUACUCUCGAGUUCAAGCGGCUCGAUGAGCUGUGGGAUAACACGAUACACAACUACAAGCUUAAGGAGUCCGUCGAGGAGCAUAUGGACGAAUACGAUGAAUACGUGUUCACCGUUCGCCGCACCUUCGACUGGGAAAACAAGUAUCUCAACACGAGCGUCGAUAUUAAGUCGAAGCUUCUCCGAGACGCACUCGCCGAGGUGAUGAAGGAGGUCAAGUCCGUUUCUCUGGUUGAGGAUCGACCAAGUGUUGACCCCAACUCCCUUUUCCUCUACCUUGAAGACUUCCGCGAACACUACAAGAAAACCUUGAAGGCACGAGUCAAGGCGGAGAAAAAGCGGAAGCUGAAGAAGAAGCUCAAACUCCAGAUUUCGCAUUGCAAACUCAUGGUGGCAUACCUGGACGAGGACUACGAUGCGACCAAGAAGAAGCUAUACCCGAUGCUGGAGGUUGGCACCAUCACGUUUGAACUCCUCUGGGCGCUUUUCAAGCCGAAUACCGUUGCAUACACUAGCACGUAUGGUGCAGCCGACGAACCUCGUUGCUUCAAAGUCGACCAUGCGUACAAGAACAGCUCCAUUCUGCGAGGCGAAUGGUAUGAUGUUGAUGGACGCUAUCUCGAGUACGAUGGCAAAAGUUUCGGCAUGGGAGAGUUCAAUGUCCCCAUCCAGUCGUUCAAAGGACCUCAGAAGAUCAACAACCUUCCAUGCUUCCCUCUGAAGUAUCACAAGGAUCCCGAAGCUGUUCGCAAGCAGCUCGUCGAACGGGGAAGGAAGUUCGUGUCUUUCCAGGGUAUGAAUUACCGCUUCCAUAAGGGCCUCGCGUUCCAGAAGAAGAAGAAGAAUCAGAUCGCUCGGAUUCACAUCAACGGCCGCAUCAUGGUCGACCCUGCGAUCUUCCGCCGUAUUAAUCCCAAUUACGCCAUCACGGUCACGCGACCCAAAGAUAAUGAAGAGGAUUUUUCCGAUAGCGACGAUUGCUCCGGAUGUUGCGGCUCGGAUGAUGACGACGAUGAGGGGCAUGCUCAUAUUGAGGCCUUGGGCGGUGACGAGGGCGGGGACGAAGAGAAGACGAAGCGCAAGAUCAUCUUUGAUGACAAGGACCACCCGCAUAUCGUCGACGUCCCCGUCGAUGCGGAUGGCGAUGAGCUCCCUCGUGAGAACAUUGACAAGCUCAACGGUGAAAUUGGGGCCAAGAAAACCGAGUUCUCGGAAGCGGAGCUACUCAUUGCGAGCCCUGUGGUUUUGGGGUUCUCGUUUUCAGAGAAGCUCUGGUUGGAAUUCACCCUCAGCGGCGUCCACGACAUCGAAUGGAACGACGGCGCUUUCGAGUCGCUGGUUCUACCUGCAAAGCAGAAAUCGAUCGUCAAAUCGCUUGUGUCCGCCCAUAAGUUCCAUGCUGCUGAGACCAUCGACGACGUCGUGCAAGGCAAGGGCAAAGGACUUGUCAUCGUCCUGCACGGCUCGCCCGGCGUCGGGAAGACGUUGACGGCCGAGGGGAUCGCGGAGUUCCUCAAAUGCCCGCUGUAUGCGGUCUCUGCCGGUGAACUCGGCACUGACCCGGCGCGGCUGGAAUCCGAACUGCAACGGAUCAUGGACAUCGCACACAGCUGGGGCGCGGUCCUCCUCCUCGACGAAGCGGACGUGUUCCUGGAGAAGCGGGAGAUCCACGACAUCCAUCGCAACGCGCUCGUGUCCAUCUUCCUCCGUCUGCUCGAGUAUUUCCAGGGCAUCCUCUUCCUGACCACUAAUCGUGUGGAGACGUUCGACGAUGCAUUCCAGAGUCGGAUUCACGUCGCGCUGCGAUACAACGAGCUCAAGCCGGCGGCGCGCAAGGAGGUGUGGAGGACGUUCUUGGAGAAGGUGCGGGUCAUGGAAGGUAUCAAGACGACUCCGUUCUCCGAGCCGGACUUCGAUGCCCUCUCUCGGCAUACUUUGAAUGGUCGACAGAUCAAGAAUGCUGUCCGUGCUGCGCAAGCCAUCGCGGUCAACGAGGGGAGCCUCCUCUCCAUGGAACAUAUCAAGGGUGUUCUCGAGGUUACUGAGAGCUUCAACCGCGAUCUGAAGGGCGGGACCGGAUACGAGGAUGCGAUGCGGAGCUACACCUGA